CUAGGAUUAAUACUUAUCUGUGCUGCAUUUUACUCACAUUUAUUGUGCUCAGGAGUCUAAUAAGGACUGUAUGAGAUAGAGCUGUUUGUGUGAGUUGAAGAUCCAUCAUCUUUGGAGAUCUGGUAAGAUGGGCACAAAACCUGUUCUUGUAGUCCAUGGUGGAGCUUGGGCAAUACCAGAUGAGUUUGCUGAAAGAAGCAUCCUGGGAGUUAAAAAUGCAGUUAAGAAUGGCUUUGCAGUGCUGGAAAUGGGAGGAAGUUCAAUGAAGGCUGUUGAAAUUGCUGUGCGGGCCUUAGAAGACGAUACUGUGUUUGAUGCAGGUCAUGGUGCUGUACUGAAUGCUGAUGGUUAUGUGGAACUUGAUGCAAUCAUCAUGAAUGGUAAAACUCUCGCUGCUGGCGCAGUCUCCUGCAUCAGGAACAUUUCUAAUCCGGUGACAUUUGCUUGUUCAGUCUUGGAAAAGACACCUUAUGUGAUGCUCACUGGAACAGGUUCUAACCAGUUUGCUGAGAAGCUAGGCAUACCUCAAGUGCCUGUAGAAGAGUUAGUAACAGACCAUGCCAAAGCUGAAUGGGAGCAAUACCGCAAAUACAAGCAGACUGUCAAAUCACUUUUUAACACAGAAUUGGUUCAUGACACAGUGGGUGCAGUUGCUAUAGACUGUGAAGGUAACAUGGCUUGUGCAACUUCAACUGGAGGCAUCACAAAUAAAAUGGUUGGACGUGUUGGUGACACCCCAGUCAUAGGUUCAGGUGGCUAUGCUGACAACCUUGUUGGUGCUGUCUCUGCAACUGGUCAUGGAGAGUCCAUCAUGAAAGUCACCCUUGCAAGGCUUAUCCUCUUUCAUAUGGAACAAGGUAAAACUCCAGAGGAAGCUGCAGAUUCUGCUCUUCACUAUAUGGAGAAGAGAGUCCAUGGACGGGGAGGAGUUAUAGUUGUCAGCAAAACUGGAGAAUGGACAGCACGAUUCACCACCAAGCGGAUGGCGUGGGCAGGCAUAAAGGAAGGCGUGUUAAUGUAUGGCCUAAAUCCAGGAGAAACAAUUCAAGAAAUACUUAAACCCUCCAAAUAAACUUUUUUUGGGAGGGGAUUUUUACAGUGGAUGUUAUUAUUAGUUUGUCCUACAUGAUUCUUAAUGAAGGGUGUAUGUAUCUGGC